AUCCCGCCAUCAAAAUGUUAUGACAGUUAUUCCGAUGGGUACCAGCUUCAGUAAUUGAAAGCGAGCUUUUGUCACCGUGCUUUCGCGUCCACCCUUUCUUCACGGAUGCCAUUCAGUAGCAACAGUAGGGCACCGGAAGACCAUCGUUCCUUCGUAUACUAGCACACGAGAGGGAUGGGAAACCACAUCUUGCUCAACGAAAGAGUAUGGUUUGAUAUGCAAAAUGAUCCAAUUAGAUCGUCUGGACUCAGGCCACAGGCUUAGCUCCCGCCUUCGUCUGGCGGCGUAUAAAUACAUAUUGUCCUCUGAAAAGAGCUUCUAGCCUUAUCUUCCAUACGAUAUGGCGGGUGCAAACUCAAAAGGCGGAUCAGGCACGCCCAAAAUUCCAAGUGAGACAAGUGACGGUUCGAGCUUUGUGACAAAAUGGCUCGGUCGCGCUGUCCUGCUUUGCUUUUUCUUCGCAAUGUGCAGUUGGCUGGAUGCUAUCAAGCAUCGAUGGUAUGUCUUCACGCCUGAAUUCCUUCACGAACUCGCGCAAGAUGCCAUUGCCUCCGCCCCCGCACCAGACGACAUUCACUACAUGAUCAACCAUAUCGUCUCCAACCUAACUGCCACAUACCCCUCGGAUGUAGUCGCUCUCAAUGCCAACUCUAGUGAAUGGAUGUUCAAUAACGCCGGUGGUGCCAUGGGCGCGAUGUAUAUCAUUCACGCUAGCAUCACGGAGUACCUUAUUAUUUUUGGUACUCCACUUGGUACGGAGGGUCAUAGUAGUGUGCUCGCCGCCGAUAACUACUUCAACAUCCUCGUCGGUGAAGAAUGGGCAUUCGAUCCACCGAAGUUGGAGAGGGAGGUUUACCCUCCGGGGAGCCUACAUUAUUUGCCGAGGGGACACAUGAAGCAGUAUAAAAUGCACGAGGGAUGUUUCGCCCUUGAGUAUGCCAGGGGAUGGAUUCCCCUAAUGUUGCCCUUUGGAGCGAUGGAUGCGUUAACAUCGACCCUGGACUACAAAUCCUUCUAUCGUACAGCCGUCAUUACCGGUCGCGAGAUGUUCAGAAACCUUGCACUCCUGAAAAUAUAGGACUAUUUGACUUGCUGUCAAUCUACCGCUAUCGUAAUUUGCUGGACCUGACUGCCAACUUGGAAAAGAAAUGUUUCUUCCUACAACUUCGAUCGAUCGUGUCGAUGAUGAUCUACAGUGCAAUACCUCCUGAGCCGGUCAGGUCGCUUUGUUAAAGGAAACGCGUAAUUCAAUUAGUCCGACAACGACAUGUACUUCCCGAAAUGCUGGCUAUGCACCGCAUUGACAAAAUUAGGAUUACACAGUUCGCAUCUUGCCAAUUGGAAGUCGAUACAGCCGCAACGCGAAAUACUCCCUUGUUUUGCCCCAUCUCUCCCGAGUAUCCGCAAAAACAUCAACCUCGCUCCAUUCUACAUCAACCCCAACAUCGGCCAAGUGCAUCUCAGAUACGUGGGUAUAAACGUCGUAGAAUAGGGCGUCUAUAGAAGCUGAAUCGAGACUCGGGACCUUCAAGAAGAUCAGGAAGAAUCUCGAAGAAUUUGUGCAAUUCUAUACCGGAAGAGUCAGGAAGGUGAUAGAUAUGAGAUAGUUGAAUGCAUCAUACCAAGAUAAUCUUCCGAGAACGUGUCAGUAUAGACGACAUCGAAGCCUGGUAUAUGAAGGGCCUCAAUAUGGUCCUGCCACUUCCCCUCUAGGAUGGUGACACCCUUUUUGUCGUACCACCCGGUUUCUCUCAUGUGUUGAAGUACAUCCGGGUGCGCUUCGAUGAUGACGUGCUCGGAUGGUGGGGUGAGCAACACUUGAAAGAGAGAAUCGAUCUAAGCCGUAAAUAUUAGCAUGAGA